GAAAUUUUCAAAAAAUAACCCUCCAUAUAAUAUCCACCUCCUUGUGAUAUUUAUUUAUGAAAGUGGGGUCAACAAUGUUGUAGUCUAGAAGUUUGGGGUUGGGGAUAGUCCUAAAACUACUCUUACCAAACAAAUCACAAAUACAAUUUCAUAACUUCUCCCUCGAGUCUUGACCUUCUUUUUUUUGCCCUCUUUGCAUUAUUCUCCUCUUCCCAUUCUUUUACAGAUCUUUCUCUCUCUCUCGAGAUCUCCUGUCUUUGUCUUUCCUCUCGUCACUCUUACGAAUCAUUUUAUCAAAUCAUUUUUUUCAUUUAACCUAAUGACCCCUCAAAAAUAACUAUUAAUUUUCUUUUACCCAUAUUAAUUUUCAUUUCUUUCCUUUCUUGGAAAAUCUUGAUUGUUUCAAAAUUUCAAUCUUUCUUGUGUUUUUUUAAUUGAUUUUGAUUUUUUCCGUCUAUUCUUCCCUUUUCAGGGAGGGAAGACGCACCAAAAUUUUCAAUCUAUGCUCAAAUAAUUUGAAAUUUAGGGUUAGGGUUUUUGGGUUGGGAGGUUUUGUUAGUAAUUCAAAUGGGUGGAAGCUCUGAGCAGCUUAUUAAUGGCGGAAGUUCUUCUUCUCCCAUUAAAAGGUUUGGUAUUACAAAGCCAAUUUCUCUUGCGGGUCCUACCGAAGCUGAUCUUUUACGAAAUGCUGAACUGGGAAAGGUUUUGGUUCAUUUAGGGCUUUUUGAAAGCAAGGGUGAAGGUGAGAAGAGAGAAGAGGUUCUUAAUCGGAUUCGUGAGAUUGUGAAAGGAUGGGUAAAGCAACUGACUCGUCAAAGAGGAUACACAGAUCAAAUGGUAGAAGAUGCGAAUGCUCUCAUAUUUACUUUUGGGUCUUAUAGACUAGGGGUACAUGGACCUGGGGCUGACAUUGAUACCCUCUGCAUAGGACCUUCUUAUGUGAAUCGUGAUGAAGACUUUUUUGUAAUAUUGCACGACAUUUUGGCUGAAAUGGAAGAAGUUACUGAGCUUCAACCAGUCCCAGAUGCUCAUGUCCCUGUAAUGAAAUUCAAAUUUCAAGGUGUAUCAAUCGACCUUCUUUAUGCAAGUGUAUCUAUGCUGGUUGUUCCUGAUGAUUUGGAUAUAUCACAGGGCUCCAUUCUUUUUAAUGUUGAUGAGCCUACUGUACGUAGUUUAAAUGGAUGCCGAGUUGCAGAUCAAAUUCUUAAGUUGGUUCCUAAUGUUGAGGACUUUCGGACAACACUAAGAUGUGUCAAGUUUUGGGCUAAGCAACGGGGUGUCUAUUCAAAUGUGACUGGAUUUCUUGGUGGUGUAAACUGGGCUCUUUUAGUUGCUAGAGUGUGCCAACUUUACCCUAACGCUGUCCCUAGCAUGUUACUUUCUCGAUUUUUUAGAGUUUAUACGCAAUGGCGUUGGCCAAAUCCUGUGAUGCUUUGUCCUAUUGAAGAGGAGGAUCUUGGUUUCCCUGUGUGGGAUCCUCGUAAAAAUCAUCGGGACCGUACUCAUCAUAUGCCAAUAAUAACUCCUGCGUACCCGUGCAUGAACUCUAGUUACAAUGUGUCGAUAAGUACACUCCGGGUUAUGAUGGAGCAGUUUGAGCAUGGUAAUAAAAUUUGCCAGGAGAUUGAGCUAAACAAGGCCCAGUGGAGUGCCCUUUUUGAGCCUUAUCUUUUCUUUGAGUCGUACAAAAAUUACUUGCAAGUUGAUAUUAUUGCAGAAGAUGCAGAUAGUUUGUUGGCUUGGAAAGGUUGGGUUGAAUCCCGAAUCCGACAGCUUACUUUAAAGAUAGAAAGAGAUACAUUUGGGAUGUUACAGUGCCAUCCUUAUCCAUAUGAGUUUGUGGAUACGUCUAAACAGUGUAGCCAUUGUGCUUUCUUCAUGGGCUUGCAGAGGAAACAAGGGGUAAAAGUCAAAGAAGGUCAGCAGUUUGAUAUUCGGGGAACUGUUGAUGAGUUCAGGCAGGACGUAUAUAUGUACAUGUACUGGAAACCUGACAUGCAUAUGUAUGUCUCGCAUGUUCGUAGGAAGCAGCUUCCUCCAUAUGUCUUUCCUGAAGGCUAUAAACGUCCUCGAAGACACAUGAGUCAGCAGGCUGAAAAGAUGUCUGAUGAUGUGGAAGGGGAUAGCGCCGACCCUAUCGAUAGACCUCUCAAGAGGCGUUCAGAUUCUCAGUCGGGAGUUCUGACACCAUCGCGCAUUGAGAAGAGGGCAUCUAUAAGUCCACAACGGCUGGAAAGUCUUUCUCCAGAGUUCAGUUCUAGAUUAUACACUCCUUCACCAUUGAGCAAUGGCGAACUGGGGAAGCCCAACCCUACUCCUGAUUUCCUAAGCCACUCGCAAGAUAUGUCGUCAUCUGAACUGCUGAAUGGGGACAAAAGUAUGAGUUCACAUAGCAUGUUGCUAGACGAGAUCGAUCAUAAGCAAGAUAUUGUUGAUAGCAUGUCUGUGGUUGAAAAUGAAGCAAAUACAGUGGAGUCGUUCCCAAGUGAUGUCACUGACCAUGGGACUGAAGCUGCAUUUGAUAUCUGUAACCGAAUCAAAGAUGCUUGUCUGCUUAGAAAGGAUGAAGGAAUUUCGAGCUUUCAAAAUUCCCAGACAGAAUCUUUCCGGAGAGCAAAAGACCUUAUAGAAAGAGCUGCAAAGGAUGAUAUUGAUAAAGUGGUGGCGCAUUGCGAAGAGACCAAAGGAAUUGAAAAUGGGAUUCAUUUUGGGUCCGAUGCUGGCAUUCAGACUCUUAAUCAAGAGGAGUCUUUGCAGGAUGAUCUAUGCGGGGCAGAUCCUGGUUUGCGUUCUGAUAAUGGAUAUAUGGGUGGGACUGUUGCUUUUCAGGGUGGAUCCACAGAAGAGCUAGAGUCAAAUACUGCUGCUGACGUUGCCAUAGAAACUCGAGGUAGAACUACAAAUAACCCAAAAUUUCUGAAGAAGCCAAUCACAAGGCAUGAUUUUAAAAAUCUCAUUCUGUUUGUUGCAAAAUUUGGUGACCAUGUAUGUUGUUUGUUUUCUCUGGCUUUUCAUUUGUUCUAGCAGGCUGAACCUGAGAUCGAUGGCACAGAAUAUGAAGUUUCAAUUGAUGAAGCACAUGUAAAUGUAAAUAGAAGUCCAGCAGCUUCGGUAAGUUCCAAAAACUUACUGCUGGAUUGAAUUAUGGUUUUCCAGGUGCAUUGUGCUCCAACUUUGACAUGCAGGAGCCAGCAGCAGCUGCACAAAUUCUCGUGCAAUUACUGUAUGAAAUAUGUGUGGUUUUGUGGAUGUGGCAAAAGUUCGUGUGGACGGGAGCAGCACGUGCAGUAGGUCUUUUUAGGCAGCGUCUUGGUCAUACCAGAGCUGCAUAACACCUGUUGCCGUGGAAAGCAGAUCGCCUUUUCUAGGGCCAUCUGCAGGAGAAAAUUUAGGAGUAUUUGUUUUUGCCACAUCUUGUAAGGAGUGAUUUUCAGUAUUGCUGUAAUAGAAAAAGGAAAAAAAAAAGGUAAAAAUAGAAAAAAUGAGAAAAAUAUAGAAAAGGAUAGUGACUUAGAAGUGUGAUUAAUUGAGGUAUUAGUCCCUGCUUUAAAUACAAUCUGAAUUUUCUUUGACUUUGCUGGAUGUAUUUUUGAUUCCAAGUAUGUUUUGUUGACUCUAAUUAUUUGUUAUAUAAAACUCUUUUCUUUGUAAA